AUGCCCGAGGCGUACGUGGAGAAGACACAAAAUGAGCUGGGCGCGAUCAUCUCCGCGCCCAAGUUAACUGAGAAACUCCUGAUGAAGCCCCCGUUUCGCUUUCUGCACGACAUCGUCACAGGCUUUCUUGAGGUCACGGGGUUCCCGAAGGGGCUUUUCCCCGACGAGAUGCUCGACAGCGCCAACGUGACGGAUAAGGCGAGGAAGAUUCAGUUCCUGACGCUGCUUGUCGCGGCCGUGGAGGCGGGGACGGGGAAGAAGCUGGCGGUGCAGCCAUCGAAGGUCGUCGCGGGGCAGGAGCCGGAUCAUACAAACGAGCUGCUGCAGUCCCUGGCGGCGUGCGCCGCGCUCAGUGAGGAGCAGAAGACGGCUGCCGUGCAGGCGGCGAAAGGGGGCGGCGGGGAACCGCCGGCGGUGACGAAGAAGGCGCCUGCCAAGGAAGCGGAGGAUGCGGAGCGGGAAAAAGAAAAAGAGCGGGAAAAGGAAAAGGAAAAAGAGCGGGAGAAGGAAAAGGAGGAGCGGCGCAAGCGGAAGGAAGAGGAGAAAAAGCGUGAAGAGGAAGAGAAGAGGAGGCGGGCAAAGGAGGAGGAAAGGGCCGCAGCGGCCGAGGCGGCCGAAGCAGAGCGACAGCGACAGCGGCAGCGACAAGAGGAGGAAAGGGCCGCAGCGGCCGAGGCGGCCGAAGCAGAGCGACAGCGACAGCGGCAGAGACAAGAGGAGGCAAAGGCGCAGAGCAAGGCACGCAAAAGCGAGGAGUCACAAGCCAGCAAGAGUGAGGAGAAGGAAAGCAAAAAAAAGGCAUGGAGAGGCUUCGGAGGAGAAGGCGCCGAAGCCCGAGGAUGA